AUGGGGAAGAGGGGGGAGAGGUGGGAGAGUGGGGAGGGACAGAGAGAUGGAGAAGCGCUCGGUCAGGCGGUGAUGCGGCUGUGCAGGCUUGGAUACCACCAUGCAGGAAGUAAUGGAGGCGGCUUCAGCAAAGGUCAGACUGAGCUCGGCUUUCAUUACGUGGUCAUCAUGUGUUUGAUAAUUAGCAGACUGCAGCCGUCGGCGGCGUUGGGAGCUAUAGGAGCACGCACACUGUUGGAGCCGUGUCCUCGGGCGCUGACCUCGGAUCUGCUUUGUCACGCUCCUACGACACUGGUCCACACGCCGCCCAAUCACACGCCGCCCAAUCACACGCCGCCCAAUCACACGCCGCCCAAUCACACGCCGUCCAAUCACAAGCCGCCCAAUCACACGCUGCCCAAUCACAAGCCGUCCAAUCACACGCCGUCCAAUCACACGCCGCCCAAUCACAAGCCGUCCAAUCCCAAGCCGUCCAAUCACACGCCGCCCAAUCACAAGCCGUCCAAUCACACGCCGUCCAAUCACACACCGCCCAAUCACACGCUGCCCAAUCACAAGCCGUCCAAUCACACGGCUUCAUUUCCAACCAGAUGGAAGAUCAUAACGAUGUGUUUGUUCUUAUCAAAGAUACAAAAGUGUGACUAA